AUGGGCAAGAAACCAGCCUCAACCUCCCGAGCCAAGCGCGGCGGUGGUCGUGGGCGGUCUAUCCGUUCAGCAUACUCCGACUUUCGUCCCGAAAGCGCCAUCGAUGGCGAUACCAACCAGGAUGAAAAUAACGACUCUGAUGCUGAAGAGCAAGUUGUAAAGAUUGAGGUUCCAGUUGCCAUGUGGGAUUUUGACCACUGUGACCCUCGCCGAUGUUCAGGCAAAAAGCUGUCGCGUCUAGGGCUCAUUAAAGAGCUCAAAGUCGGUUCGCGGUUUAGAGGUAUCGUUGUCUCACCCAAGGGAACUAAAGUAAUCAGCCCUGCUGAUCGCGAUCUUGUCCUUGCAAACGGACUGGCCGUCGUCGAAUGCUCUUGGGCUCGUUUGGACGAUGUCCCAUUCAAUAAAAUUGCUAGUCCCCACGAAAGACUGCUCCCUUACCUCCUCGCUACCAAUCCAACAAACUACGGCAAACCCUGGCGUCUCAACUGUGUUGAAGCUUUAGCGGCAGCAUUUUACAUCACUGGAUUCGACUCGUAUGCAGAAAGAUUACUCAGCGGGUUUGGCUGGGGUGGUUCGUUCUGGCAAGUCAAUCGACAUUUUAUCCAGAAAUACAGAAGAUGUACGACCUCUGAGGACGUUGAAAGAAUGCAACAGGAACUUAUGGAUGAGCUGGAGCGUAACUGGGAGGAGAGCAGGAAGCAGAAAGAGCUCGUUCCCGGCGAAGAAGACGAUUUACUUGUGCCAAAUCCCAAUCAUCGUCAUGAAGCCAGUGAUUCAGGCGAAGAUGGAGCCUCUGAUGCAGAGAGAAGCGAUGAUGAGAUGGGCACCAUGUUUUUUGAACCAUACUCCACUAUGCUGCGCGCCAAAAACGUUGGCAUAUUAGCAAUGGAAGUGUAUCUACCCAAACGAUGUGUUUCGUUGGCGGAUCUCGAAGAGUACAAUGGGGUCGCCAAGGGGAAAUACACCAUUGGCCUUGGACAGCAGUAUAUGGCCUUCGUAGACGACCGAGAAGAUAUCAACUCAUUUGCCCUCAGUGCUGUCUCGGGACUUCUAGACAACUACCACAUCGAUCCCACUACCAUCGGGUGGCUAGAAGUUGGAACUGAGACCCUCGUGGACAAAUCUAAAUCUGUGAAAACGACGCUAAUGCGACUUUUUGCUGACUCGGGCAACUUCGAUAUCGAGGGCAUCGACUCGAAGAACGCGUGUUACGGAUCAACAGCCGCCCUUUUCAACGCCGUCAACUGGAUAGAAAGCAGCUCCUGGGAUGGAAGAAACGCGAUCGUUGUUGCGGCUGACAUAGCAAUUUAUGCUGAUGGCCCUGCUCGUCCUGCGGGUGGUGCUGGAGCCUGCGCAAUGUUAAUUGGACCGGACGCACCGAUUAUAUUCGACUCCAUUCACGGGUCCUACAUGGCGGACAGUUACGACUUCUACAAACCGAACAUGGCCUCGGAGUAUCCUGAAGUGGAUGGGCCAGGGUCAAUUGCGGCCUAUUCAACGGCAUUGGACUCGUCCUACUCCGCCUACAAGCGAAAACUGAAAGUGUCGUCAAACUACCCUGGGGUGUUCUCUUUGGAGGACAUGGACUAUGCCAUUUUCCACACCCCUUACAUCAAACAGACCAUCAAAGGGUAUGCGCGGGCCCUUUUUAACGACUUCCUCGCCGCACCUCAUUUGUCUCCUUCCUCGGAUGUUAAGCCUCCGCCUUCAAUAUGGGAUAAAACUACCGAAACGGCUUUCAUUCAACUGGGCAGCGAGUCUUUCAUUAAAAAGGUUGACCCAACACUCGCAUGUGCUCGCCGUCUUGGCAAUCUCUAUACCGCUUCACUCUAUACCUGCCUUGCGUCACUCAUCGCCUCGGUUCCUCCAGCAACUCUGAGUGGCAAACGCUCAAGUAUGUACGCUUUCGGCGGCGGCUGUGCAGCGAGUUUCUUCACACUCAGGAUUGUGGGAGACACCACUGAGAUGCAACACAAACUGGAUCUACUCUCUCGCCUGACGAGGAUGGAAGUCGUGUCUUGCCACGAGUUUUCUCGCAGUCUCAAGCUGCGAGAACAACACCGCAACGCCGUGUCGUACUCCCCUUCUGGCUUAAUAACGGAUGUUUGGCCUGGCGCAUAUUAUUUAGACAAGAUCACAGCAUUAGCCCAAAGCAUAUAA